GCUUCCCGAGAUGUCCGAGAGGCCUCGGCGAAGAGCCCCCUCGGUCGCCUCAGCGAUAGGAAUCGGGCCGUUGGGGUGGCUCAGUGGUACUCGUCUUGAAAGAUUCCAACAAAUUUUCAACCAGAUGUUCUGUAUUUGGACGACAACUUUAACCGUGCAACCUGCCCCUCCCCAAACAAGGGUUUGCCAUCCAACCUCUGGUAGGAAGAUGACAACUUUGAUUGGAAAGAGUCUCAGCUUGCAAGUACUCAUAAUUUGUAAAGCAUCGGCGCACAAAUGGAGACUUCAAAAGGAGGCUUCCUUCAUGCAUGCAGAUUUCCCGUGGUGAUAACUAUAUGAGCAUGGGCCAAGCAGUCAGAAGCCAACUGAACUGCUGGGUGACCAGAUUGUGUGACUCGCACGAACAUUUCCAUGCGCGAGCAGUGGCACCUAAGUCCAGAGAGACCAUGCAAUAUCACGACCAAUAAAGCACUAGCAAACCUGUGGCCAGCUCGUGGCCCUUUUGCCGCUUUUGUUUGCAAAAUGUAGGUUGAGCAAUACAACGCUUCGUGCAACAGCUGGAUCAAUUUAGUAGGUUCGCGAUUCAGUUUUGUACCAGCAGCGGCUUGUCCUCGGGCUGAGCCAUGGCAUCCUCCAUGACGGUAAAGUCGGCGACCCGGGUGGCCCAAGGAAUGCUCAAGCGCUGCGAGGUUACGUCCAGGAGCCUGGGAAACACUCAAACCAUUUUUGCCGCCUACCUGCCGGAUGUGACCGAGUUCAAGAAGCUGCCGGUGGUUUAUUGGCUCUCCGGGCUCACCUGCACUGACGAGAACUUCUCUCAAAAGGCGGGCGCCUUCCAGGCGGCCUGUGACAACCAGGUCGUGCUGGUGAUGCCCGACACCUCUCCGCGAGGUGAUGGUGUUCCAGACGAGGACCCGCAUACCUAUGACUUCGGCGUUGGAGCUGGGUUUUACUUAAAUGCCACCACUGACAAGUACAAGACGCAUUACAAUAUGUAUGAUUUUGUUGUGAAAGAGCUCCCAGCCUUGGUCGAGGCAAACUUGCCAGUGACAGAUAAGCGAGCAAUCUCUGGCCAUUCGAUGGGUGGGCAUGGCGCUUUGACUAUAGGACUCAAGAAUCCUGAGAGGUAUAGCUCUGUCUCUGCCUUUGCACCCAUCUGCAACCCCAUGAAGGUCCCCUGGGGACAGAAGGCAUUCUCUUUCUACCUGGGCAGUGAUGAGCAGAGCUGGAAGCAGUACGAUGCGACUGAGCUCAUCUCCCAGUACAAAGGAAAAGAUUUGCACAUUCUCUGUGACUGCGGAACGGCUGACAAUUUCCUGGUGGGUGAAGUGAACCAGCUCCAGCCCCUGGCGUUCAUGGAGGCCGCUCAGAAGGCGAAGGUGCCAGUGACCUUCAGGAUGCAGGCUGGCUAUGAUCACAGCUACUACUUCAUGUCCACUUUCAUUCGAGAACAUUUGGAACACCACGCUCGUUUCCUUCAUGCUCAAAGCUGAUGCCGCCGGAUGAGAUGGCUGGAGAAAAGCAUCAGAAGCAGCCACCCACUCCCAGAGGUCUUCAAUGGCAUGAAGCCAUGAUAUAUAGUUUUUGCAAACCCUGCGAGUUGUGUAGGCCGUAGUUGCUUCUUUGCUGCCCUUUUGACUUUUCAUCCAGCCAGCUCAGACUUGACCAGCAG